AUGGCAGAAGAGGACUGGUUAUUAGAGAUUACUCAUGAAGAUGUUCUUGCAAUGUUUGAUCCAGUAAUAAACCGAAUCAUUCGUUUAAUCCGCAAUCAAUUAACAUCUUCAAAUACAAAUGAAGAGUGUUCUGCUUUAUUUUUGGCUGGAGGUUUUGCAGAAUCUCCGUAUCUUGUCUCAAGAAUUAAGAAUACAUUUAGUGCUACAGUACCAAUUAUUUCUGUACCUCAAAAUCCAAUAUCUGCCGUUGUACGUGGGGGGGUAAUUUAUGGUUUAAACUCAAAGGCUAUCGCAACACGUCAAUUAACAUUGAAUUAUGGAAAAUCUUGUAAAGCCACAUUUGAGUAUGCUAAACCUAUUAAAGCAACAAUUAGCAUCUGGUAUGAAGGUUUUUGA